UUGUCGAUCCAUAUCCAUCGAGUAGCUACGUCGGGGUACGUGGCUGCGUAGUACUAGAGUACACAGCGCAAGAAGGAAUUAUUAGGAACAGAGGAGGGAAGAAAACUCUUUUGAAAAGAACUUAAUUUUCAGCAGGUUUCGAGACACACUUUAAGAACACAUCAUGACAAAAGAUAGAAGAUUCGACCUACAUCAGACUAGCUCUGGUCGGGGCUUGGAUUACCGACCGGAAUACUAUUUCCCAGCAUCUGAUUUUAAGACUACCAUUCACAAUCCUCUACCACCUGAGCUGGCCAAACAAGAUGAGAUUAUCAAACCAUUCCAAACAACAACAGGACAGACGCAUGAUUAUAAAUAUCAUGGAGGAUUGUUGGCUAACCCUCAGCAUCAAAAGGCACCCGGUCACUGGAAUAUUCACUACAAUAAAGAUUUGAGAGAAAAGCUCCAACACAGAGGCUGGAGAAAACCUCUAACCAUGGGGCAUCAAGAGAGUGAAGCCCAAUCACAGUACAGAGGACACCAAAUGCAGAUGGGUGUAGACUUUGACAACAGGCUUAGUGGCAAUCCUCAGCCAUCUAAUCUUCAAACUCACCAUCAGAACUGCCCUGCACCUGUCCGGGAUAGCAUACCUAAAUACAAGCCAUCACUUGUCCGGGAUGAUGGUGCCCUUCAACUUCUUGAUAUCUAUGUGCCAACCUCUCACCAAGUACACAAGCGUUUUACUCGUAACGAACUCGAUGACUACCCAAAGAAAGAUGCUGCCACCUAUUGGCGAUGUGAAGAUUACACACAAGCAUGGGGACAUGGUACAAAGCACAAUCCUCUUCCAAAGGCAGCUGAAGUUCACCAACGUGCUCCGAUGACAGAUGAAAUGGUCUUCAAGACGGCCAUUAAGGAACCUGUACGUUGGCCAGAACGAUUUAAGCGUGUUCCUCAUUCCGGUAUGAAGACCACCAUGACCAGUUCUUACAAGACACCAUCAGACCAUAGAAUGAAAGAGCUUUUCUCAUGUCCUGUUGAUACGCCAUGGGUCAUCCCGAAAGCUGGCCCAAUCCAAACAUUCUCUGUACCCAACAUGUACACGACAGAAUACAAAACAUAUGCAAGUGGUAAACCAAUCGCUGUUUGAAGCCGGGAAGUUCCUAAAUUUUGUUUUGCGAUUUUAAAGAAUACAGAAACAAAAUACAGAGCAUUUGUAAACCAGUUACUGUGGAGGUUGAAAGGAUUAAAGAACUUAGAAGUUGCCCACUUGUGCAAGCUGGUGUAUUUGCAUUAAUAUUGUGGCUUUAAUGAAAACAAGAUAGAACAAAGGAGCGCAGUAAACCAUUUGCCAUUUUAAAUUGUUUUAAGUCUGAAGUUGACCGCUUGCGCUUGCAGAAAUUUGUAUCAUUCCUUUAUUUUGUGUAGUAAUGUACAUGUAUGUAAGAUUUUAGGAAUGAAAAUCAAGAACAAAUGCAUAUUGAGUCAUCCUACAAUUGUGUAGAUUUUAAGAUGCUGCAACAUGUGAAUAUUUAACAAGUAUUUGUGGUACUUUCUAGUCUAUAAGAAUUACAGAGUACAUUAUAAGGAACAGUUAAAUGCAGAGUAUUGUAAAAUGAUAUGGUGGAUGAACAAUGAUAUAUUACAUUCAAUAUAGAAAGAAAAUCUUUAAUUGAAAAGUUUAUUAUUUCGAUCAAUCCUCACAUGUUACAUAAACUUGUAUACUUGUAUUAUUUUCUUUGGGUGAACAUUUCUCAAGUGUUAGUAGUGUUGCUUAUUGGACCAAGUUUUAAUGGGCUUACAUUAAGACCAAAGAGGUUGUUCUCUAACACCUUAAUUUAUUGUGUACUAGCUCUUUUAAACAAAUAUUUGCUGUUAUCCGGCAGAAUAUACAAUGGAAAUUAUUACCGUUUUAAGGUAUUGAUUCACAAUAACUUAGUUCAUUCAAUUGACUAAGAUUAUUUGUCUUAUGUUGAAAUGAUAAUGAUAGUAUUUUAAGUCAUCGCAUAGUCACCAAUGCCACUUUGACUAAUGUUUUUUUUUAUGAAUGGAUGCAAGUAUUUUUUUGAAAAUUGAUGUGUCAUUAUAUUUCAAGUUGAUUGUACAUUGCCAGCUAUGUGUGAAUAUUUUAAAAGUGAAUAAAUGAAGCUAUAUA